ACCAAGUUUCUCCUCCUCCACCAAAACAAGUUGCAAUGCAAAGUGUUUAUUGUUGAUAUUGGUGUCUGAUAUUUGGAUGAUGUGUUUAGAUUACCUGUCGGUUUACAUGCUUUUUUAUUAAGCUUUCAGUAGCCUAUUUUGUAUUUUCAAGAUUGUAAAUCUUCUUCUACGGCAUUUUCUUUUCCAUUAUAACCUUAAAUUUUACAUGAAUUUGUAGUUUCAAAAUCUUCUUUUUCCAACUCUGGGAUUUGACCUGCUCUGGGAUUACGUUAUCACAGAUGGUGUUCCGGCUGUGAGACAUGGUGCGCGUGAAGGACUUUGGUCGGAGGCGGUGCGGAGUGGGGGGUGGCGCGGGGGGCCGUGGUGGAGGCGGCAACCAAUCAGCGGUGGCCUACGAGUUUGAGUCGCCAUCACACACAGGCACCCUGUUGGCGGGGCUCAAUGCCCUACGUGACAAGGGACUGCUGCUAGAUGUCACGCUCAUCACUGAGGGGCAGGCCUUUCAGGCCCACCGAGUAGUACUGGCUUCAGUUAGCGACUACUUCCGCGCGAUGUUCACAGACGCGAUGCUCGAGUCGCGGCUGUCCGAGAUCUGCGUGGGCGGUGUGCCGGCUGCAGGCAUGCGUCUGCUGUUGGACUAUGCCUACUCGUCACGCCUCACGCUUAACCUAGACAACAUACAGGACGUGUUGUCGGCUGCCUCACACAUACAGGUGGUGGCGGUGGUCGAAGCUUGCUCCAACUAUCUGCAGACGCAGCUAGACCUAGAGAACUGUGUGGACAUAGCCACCCUGUCGGAGACAUAUUCGCUGGCUGGACUCCGCAGCGUGGUCUACCGCUUCAUGUCGUCGCACCUGGUCGAGUUGUCGCAGUCACCCGAUUUCUGCCGACUCAGCAAGGCUCAGCUGGAGCAUCUGCUUGCCUGCGAUCUGCCGGUCAACUGCUCCGAGGCUGAUGUGCUUGCCGUCACGCUGCAGUGGAUCGAUGCUAAUCUUGCCUCGCUCAGCGCGGGCCAGCGCCUACACUGGGCACAACGUCUGCUACGCCGCGUUCACCUGAGUGAGGUGCCGGUGGAGACUGUGGUGCGGGGAGGCCAGCAAUGUGAUGCCCCCCUCAAGCGGCUGCUGUGUGCCGAGUCAUGUUAUAAAGUUGGAGGAUUCGGUAUAGGAGGCAUAACGAAUGAGAUAACCUACUUCUUGCCAUCGACGAACAAGUGGAGGCACCUGACGUCGAUUCCCCACGUGGAGCAGUGCAACUACGGAACGGCCGUACUCGACAAUGACCUCUAUGUGGUCGGCGGAUGCUUCAAUCAGUCUCUCCAGGAAAACAUCCACCCGUUCGGCUUCCGCUACAACCCGAUGGAGGACUUCUGGUCGACGAUGGCUCCAAUGGAACAGGAGCGCUGCCGGUUCUCGCUGACAGUGGUGGGCGGACGGCUGUGGGCAGUGGGCGGGGCCAGCGAGGAAGGGGGCGGAGCGAUGGGCGGUGCCGACGUGGUGGGGGAAGGCGAGGGGCGGGGCGAAGGCGGGUGUGCAUGUGAGUGCUAUUCGCCAUUGGACGACUGCUGGGAUUUGGUGACGCCCCUCCCUGCGGCUCGCACCCAGCAUGCGGCCGCUGCCUGUGGACAUUAUCUUUAUGUGUCGGGGGGACUGGAUAGGGAUACUGCGCUGUGUUCUGUCUGGAGAUUGGAUACAGUGACAGGCGACUGGGAACAGCGAGCCGACAUGCCUGUGCCACGCGUCGACCACACAAUGAUGCUAGUGGGCGACGGUCGCAUACUGGCUUGCGGCGGCUGGUACGAGGACGCUGACACGGGCAACCGGGUGCUCGUUGACACGGUCGACUGUUAUCGCACCGACCACGACUCGUGGCACACUCUCACUAGAGUGCCCACGCCGCGCUACCAUGCCGGCAUCGUGCACGUCCACUCUACUAUCUACUUCAUCGGUGGCUUCCACAGCGAUGCUAUGUUCGAUAGGGCUACUGCGGUGGUUGAAUGCUACAAUCUAGACACAGACGAGUGGACGACGGGCGAGAAAUACCCGGCCGACAUUUGGGAGCACACGUGUGUCACCCUCUACAUCCCCAGGUGUCGAGACGACAUGGAGGUCAUGCCUUCUCCGCCCACAUCAUAGCACUCAUGUUUAUUCAUGGAAAACUAAGGCUGGCCGUGCAAUAUGUUCUUACGAAUUAUGAAUACUGCUCAACUUAUGAUAAUUUUUUUAAUAAAUUAUUGUUCACAAGCCAAGCAAGAACAAACCGCACGCUGUGAUUCUGUACAAAUGUUUACUGUUUUUUAAUGCUGCCAAUUUUAAUAAUUAGUUGAUUUAUUGAAUAAUAUAAAUAAUAUAAUGUGUAUUUAAUACUAAUUUUACUUGAAACUAUCUAGCUUAUAACUUCUGCAAAAUCAUUGAGAUUUUCUAAAACUGAUUUUUCUAUAGGAAAAAUGUAAUUCCUACUAUUAUUGUUGUUUUCAUUCACUGAAAUGUUAGCCAUUUAUAAAAUAUUUAUGUAUUUGAUGAAAA